AUGUUAAGAAUUAACGUGAAAAACCAUUCGCCCGUAUACAGGUGUGCUUCGCCCAUUCUCAAAUUGGGUGUGGACGCCUCGGGGAACGCCACCAAGCUGACUGAGCGUUACAAGCAAGGGAAGCUUCAUGCCUACAAGCUGAUCUGCAGGAUCAUGAAGAGACGGCAAGAUGUUUCCCCAAACACUGACUUCCUCACACACUUCUACAACAUCAUGCACCAGGGACUACUGCACCAAGACCAGGACAUUGUGAACACCAUCAUAAAACACUGCAGUCCCCGUUUCUUCAGUAUCGGUCUCCCUGGAGCCACCAUGUUGAUCCUGGACUUCAUCAUCGCAGCGUCAAGAGUCACCGCAUGCUCAUCGCUCAACGCCCCCAGGGUGGAGGCCCAGAUCCUGCUGGGGUCUCUGGUAUGUUUCCCAAACUUCUACGAGGAGCUUCCAGCCCUCCACCCCACCACAGCUGAUGUGGUGCUCACCAAGUUCCCUGACGUCAAGGAGCACAUUAUCAAAACCAUUCUGACCUCUGCCAGGGAGAAACCCUCUGCUCCUGCUAGGUGUGUGGCUCUGUGCAGUCUGGGGAUCUGGCUGUGUGAGGAGCUGGCUCACGGGACUCAGCACCCGCAGAUUAAAGACGCUCUCAAUGUCAUCUGCGUCACUCUGAAGGUUAUGACAUGA